CCUGCUUUUCCGCCCGCUAUCUCUCCACGCCAGCUUUUCCGAAUCCUCGUUUCCCUCAGGUCCAUGGUGAAGGAUCCAUGGCUGUCAUAUCCGACUUAUUGAUGACGCUAUUUGCGAGACGCCAGUCCAAGUUUUAAUGCAUUGGGGGAUAACGAGAUAUGGACAGGAUCACGGAUAUGUCGCCCACCGACAUACCCCCGGAAGAAUACACGGAUCACAACGACCAGCCAUCCCUUCUGAGCAGGUCAGGGAAACGGAAGCGGAGCCGCGAGCGCAGUCGUGUCACUCGCGCAUGCGACAAAUGUAAAAGACGAAAGAUCAAGUGCAGCGGCACUCAUCCCUGCGAGCAAUGCAGCUAUGACAUUGAAUCUUGUACAUACGAUGCUUCGUAUACUCGAGGGCGCAUGCCCCCGACUCCCAAGCGCAUAGACACUGGCGAAAUGCAAAGUCAUGUAUCGCAUGUAGUAGAAGGCGAUCUCGAGAAUCAUCUUGCAGCAGCUGGCCAUGACAUGCUCCAUCCCCCAGAGGCAAACGCAGCUCCUGCAAUUGUUACAUCGUCAAGAGUGUCGCCAGAGCCGUCACAAACUGACCUACAGGGCCAUUAUAUUGGCCCAGCUUCGGGAGUUUCAUUCUUGUUGCGUGUCCAGAAACGGCUGCACCAGGCUGUUUCCUUCUCUCAAACCUCAUCUAUUUUCACCUUCGGAGAUGCGCCACUGCCAGAGCCUGACCCAGCAUCAUGUUUGCUAAUGUCUCGCGAUGAAGGUCAGAAGUUGCUGGAGAGAUAUUUCGAUUUCGCUGUGCCCACUCAUCGCUUCCUUCACCGCCCGACAGUGGAACAUUGGCUGGAUGAGUUCUUCUCAACCAAGGGGAUAAUGCGUGACCUGGAAGACGCGUCUGCACGGAAAGCAGUACUCUUCAUGGUGUUUGCUCAAGCCCAGGUUUACAUGCCUUCAGUCUCCCCGGGAGACGACAGUGCCCGUUAUUUUGUCGCAGCUGAACAUCAUCUUGCGAAAGAGAGAGGCUCCAUCCGUCUGACAAGCGUGCAAGCCAGACUUGCCCAGUGCUUUUACCUCCUCGGACAAUCCAGGAUUAAUCAUUGCUGGAGCCUGUUUGGCACGACAGCACAUCUCGUAUUGGCCAUCGGACUAAAUCGCAACCGGCGCGGUUAUCCAUUAGCCAAUUCGGACCGUAUUGAGACCGAAUGUCGCCGUCGCACCUUCUGGUGUGCCUAUACACUCGACAGUUAUUUAAGUGCGGCUCUUGGCCGGCCGCGGACCUUCCAUGAUGAUGAUAUUGACCAAGAACUACCCUCGAAUAUAGAGGACUCAGAUCUGGCGGGAUCGCUACCAAGUCAAGCUCAACCGAGGCAAUCCCUCAUGCUUGCGCCAGUAGCUCACGUGAGAUUGUCGCGUAUCUUGAGCGCUAUUCUUCGGGAUCUGUACUCCAUCAAGCCUAUUUCAACGUCCACAAGGACAACCGUAGCAGCAAAGCACAUGACCGCUCUGAAAGACUGGCGAAAGGAGAUGUCAUACUUCCUUGAAGUGAGUGGUAUCAGUGCUUCUUUAUUGAAGCCCAUCUACCAGCGCCAAAAGAACGUGCUAAACUUCGCCUAUUGGCACGCUGUGAUCCUCAUCAACCGACCGUUUCUACUAAGCAACUUUGCGAGGCUACAACAAAACGUCAUGGCGUCUGCGGAAGCGGCACGGAGAGCAAGGACCAACGCGAGUGUACAGGAAUGUUUACAAGCUGCGAUAAACAUUGUUUCGACAGUCAAUGAUCUGUUCCAGGCGGAUCAGAUGUUUCGUGGUUACUGGUUCACCCUCUACUUCUCGUUCUCGGCCGUCGUGGUCCUAUACGUGUACGUAAUUCAGCAGAAGGCCUCGACCAGCGACGUAUAUCACACCUAUUUGGAAGCAGCAAACACUUGUCAAGUCCAGAUUUCGACUAUUGCGGAGCAAGGAUCACUCACCCGUCGUUAUUGCCUGGUAUUGGAGGAACUUCGAGCUGAGGCACUUAGACAGACAACAGGGGUGGACACAACGUACCCAACUGCCAAUCCAACUCAACAAGGCCCAACCUUGGGCCAAGCCGCGGGUGCUUCAGCAGAUGCGCCAAGUUCUACGUUCCACCAGCUUGAAAUAGCUUUUGAUGGGGACAUGAACUGGAACGCAAGUCCUAGCAGCUCCGUUGCAGACAUCACAAGCUGGGGUCAUUUUGAUUGCUUGGUAUCUGCUGGCCUCGGCGGGAUGGAAGCCCUUUUCACCGAUGAAAUGAUGUCUGGACUUCAGCCAUCCACUCUUUAAUGAGAAUAUAUGGCGUUGUUCAACUAGAAGUAGAACGCGUGUAUCUUGAUCACUCUAAAUACUUACCGUGCUGGCCUGUAGAUUGGCCCUCACAAUUCCUGACAGCGUAUGAGAGGCGUUCAUCCCAUUUGUUGAUUUUACUAGGCCUGUCUUUAGUUGGCUAUUGAGGCAGGGAUUGAUAUGUAUCCAGUAACUCAUGCAGUUCUGGAGUGUGCUAAAUUUUAAUUACAGCCUCAGGGAGUUGUUAUCAUGUCUUCCAGAAGUAAUCCCUCGAGCUGCAACAGGGAGGAUCAAAGAACGGGUCGAAACCGGAGUUUGCUUUACCCUGUCACAUACAGAAUAAUAGUAAAUGCUUCUGGUCUAUAUAACCUUAUGAAUUAU